CUCGGUUAUAUUCUACGGAUUUUCUAACUCCAGUUAAGAUAGGUAUUGGAAAUAAUGAAUCUCUUCAAAUAUUUGUAAGAAUUUUAUUGUUUCCACCAGCCAUGCAGACAACAUGGCAUUUUUCGAAAGACGAAAAUGAAGAUAAAGUCAUCACAGAUUCGGUAGAUGGAUACAGAAUAAUGUACACGAAUGGAGAAGUUAUACAAAAUAUUACUCUUUACAAAAACUUUGUUAAAACAGAGGACUUUGGAGAUUAUUCACUUAGAGUGGAAAAUGAAAUUGGUGCCUUCACCAGGAUCUACAGUGUGGGUGCAGAAAGGCCACCCUUAGAGCCCACGAACUUUACAGCCCUCUGUGAAGAUUCCAGGUACAUAAAGAUAUUCUGGAUUUCUAACUUUAAUGGUGGGGAUGAUCAAAGAUUUCAAAUUUCAUAUUCAACUGAUGGAUGUUCGACAGAGUCUUUUAAAGUUCUUAAAGAGGACAUAAGUGAUGAAGGGAAUGGCAGGCUUUACAGCUAUAUUUCGAGUCUUGAGCUGGAAGGACCAUUAUGGUUCACAAUAACUGCUUCCAACAAGUUUGGAAAGACUACAUCAGAUGCUAUUUAUUGCAAUGCUGUUAAAAACCUGCAGGCUCAAGAUUCAAAUAAACAAGAACUAUCAGUAAUCGGUGGCACGAUUGGUGGAGUUGUUUUUGUUGUACUUGUUGCAGUCUUGAUAUUUUUGAAUACAAAAUAUCAAAUAAAAUGUGUUGGUAAGUAUUCUUGUUUGCAUGUACUACAGGUAUGUUUUUUCAAUUAAAUA